UCGGUCUAAUAUUGAACCAGUCUCCAUAGCAACGCACAGCUGAACUGACGUGCAUUGCGUUUACAAAUCCGUUGCCAUGGCUCAAAAAUCUAUAAAAGUCUACUUCAAGCCUUCUAAUUUGCCAAACAUUAACAACAUGAAACGUAAACUACAUGGCAAAAGCUCUGUUUGUGCUGGCCCAGCAGAAAAGAAACAAAAUGCAAAGUUUCUGCACCUAGAGGAAGUUCAUGGCAUUGAAGAUUCCAAAAAAGGUCCUGAAAACAUAGCUCCUAAGUCUGAUAUUGAAAAUCUGUCACAGCCUUCUUCUUCUCCACCACUACAUUCAAGUAUUGGUCAAUCCUGGCAUUUGGCUUUACGAGAUGAAUUUUCCAAGCCGUACUUUGCAGAGCUGACAAAAUUUGUAGUCGGUGAACGCAAGUCACACUCUGUGUAUCCUCUGGAGGAAAAUGUCUUCUCCUGGUCUCGGUACUGCGACAUCAGCGACGUGAAGGUCGUCAUUCUGGGGCAGGAUCCUUACCAUGGUCCUAAUCAGGCUCACGGACUGUGUUUCAGCGUUCUGCCGACUGUGCCGAUUCCUCCAAGCUUGAAGAACAUUUACAAGGAGCUCGAGGUGGACGUUGAGGGCUUCAAGAAUCCUGGUCAUGGUUACCUCGUUGGCUGGGCAAAACAAGGAGUGCUGCUCCUGAAUGCUGUACUGACAGUGCGAGGCGGCAACGCUAACUCGCACAAAGACAAAGGCUGGGAAAAGUUCACAUCUGCAGUAAUCUCGGCCGUAGCCAGCAGCAACAAGGGUGUCGUAUUUCUUCUCUGGGGCGCGUAUGCGCAGAAAAAAGUUGCUCACAUAAACAAAACUGAGCAUCACCUUCUGUCCACCGUGCACCCCUCACCGCUUUCUGCUCAUCGAGGGUUUUUUGGGUGCCGCCAUUUCUCUAAAUGCAACGAAUUACUUAUGAAGCAAAACAAAAAAGAAAUUGACUGGAAUUUUCUACCGCGAGCUUAUCCAUAAAUUUAGAGUUACGUACACGUCAGGAGUUGAUAAAGGAAGCUAUUCUAGAAUACAUUUACACAGUAUGAGUAAGUAAUUCAUUCCGAGUGCAAGACGUUUCUUGCUUGUGAGAGCCGUUUAACAACAGGUCAUAGCAGGCUUGCAUCUUGCUGAUUUUGGGACCAUUGUGCGUGCCAUCGAAGUGUAUUGAACUGGAACUACCGAGACUCUUGGCAUGUAGUUAUCUGAAUCAAUCUCUGGCAAUUUCAUGCCAUAGUUUUAUUCUCUAGAUUUUCAGUUAUUUCAAUUGUUAAUUUCAAAAUCAAUAUAAUAAAAAAAAUAUUGAGUUUUCAAUGAGCGUCAAGAAGUAGCUUGUUCUCAGAGGAAGAAUAGAUCGUGAGUGAAGAAUGUGUUAUACAAUUUCAAAUUGAUCUUUUGUGCUAAGCAGUCUGAAGUGCCAGAUUUAAUUUGGCGUGUUGAGUUAUAUCAAGAAACAUGAUCAGUGAAAGUCUAACUGAUGAUUUAUUCUAACGUUCUCAAAGAAUAUUUGCCAAUUCAGUUAUCUUAUAACCCACUACAUACUUACAUCAAGGUGCAUCAGUUGGGUCAUUUGAAUAUAGAAAAUGGAAUGAAAAGAUUACAGAAUAUAGAACAUUCGUACUUCAGUUUUUUACAAAUUUUACAAACUAAUAUCAAUAGUGAUUUUCUUCAUUAAAAACUUAUUCAAUUAUUAGUAGGUCCAGUUGAUAGUGCGUCUGAUCUUAUUUAUAGCAGCAGGAAAAAUGACAACACGAGUAACUUUAUUGCUAUCUUAAUAGUCGAGAGGUGUGGUUUUGAUGUCUUCGAGGACCUUAUCAUAGGCCUCCUGGUAGUCAGGGUUGGGUUUGAUGAGCAUGACGUGGCUGCGUGAGAUCUUGCCUCCAGCGAGGUCUGUGUUGCAUGUCACGUAGAUGUAGGGGAUGUUCUUCUCCUCGCAUACUCCAGGUAAAUGGCACAAUGUGUCUAUUGGCCGCAGUGAACCAUCAAUUAAAACAAUCCUGAAAAAAUCCAAACAUCUUUGCUCAUAUCAAUUUGUAUAAUUAU